ACUCCGUCAUCGUUUAAUCUUUGUAGUGUGUCGUUUAAUCUCAUCUAGCGUCUUGCAACCGUACGCGCUAGUAUUUCCUGCGCCAAAAGAAGAAAAUUAAGAAAUCACAAAACCCCGUUUCCGACCAAUCGCGUUCGUUCUAACCCAACACCGACGCUUGCGUGAUUUUUAUUUUUUUAUUUUUUUCCGUUUUCGACCCUUACCCAAAACGAAGAAGAAGCAAAUAGAAACAAAACGCGAUUCGCAACCCAUAAUCGCUUAAACAAUGACCGAGGAUAGCACCGUUAGGGUCUCUUCUUCCGACGAAACCUCCUUGGCCAACGAUGCUUCGCAAACGAGGCAGAGAAAGAAGAGAAAGUGGGAUCAACCUGCGGAGUCGUUGAUGGCAGUUGGUAUGGCGGUACCUGGAGUUCUUCCUUUGAGCAAUGGUGUGCCCCUUGGAGGGGUUGCAUUUCAGGGCUUAGCUCCGGUGAUAUCCGGCGCUCUUUUGACAAAUCCUCUCGCAGCUUCUGCUCAGCUUCAGCAACACACUACUGCCGCCACUGUUUCCGCACAAAAAUUGAAUCAACAAAAGAUCCAAGAUGAAUUAAUAAUAGCUCGAGAAAUUGUCAUAAAUGAUGCAGAGUCGUCUGUUCGCUACAAAUUGACAAAACGCCAGACACAAGAGGAGAUCCAGAGGUGCACUGGUGCCAUAGUUAUAACUAGGGGGAAGUAUCGGCCGCCUAAUGCACCACUUGAUGGAGAGAAGCCAUUGUAUCUUCACAUAUCUGCAGGAGCUCAUAUAAAAGAGACAGCAGAACGGAUAUUAGCUGUUGAUCGAGCUGCUGCAAUGAUUGAAGAAAUGCUGAAACAGGGACAAAAUUCACAGUCAAUCUCUACCGCCUCACCUUCAACAUUGGUUAAUGGACUGAAGAUGCUGAGUACAUGUGUGUUUUUGGGCUUUGAUGCUGAUCCUUCAUUGAACAUUGUUGCACGUAUACGAGGACCAAAUGACCAGUAUAUAAAUCACAUUAUGAAUGAAACAGGAGCAACAGUUGUGCUGAGAGGACGUGGUUCAGGGAACAAUGAAUGCUUGAAUGGUGAAGAUGGACAGCAGCCUCUGCAUCUGUUUUUGUCAAGUAACAAUGCAAAAAGUCUUGAAGAUGCCAGGUUUUUGGCUGAAAAUCUUUUGGAUACAAUCAGUACGGAGUGUGGUGCCUUGAGGGUUUCAUCAUGUAAGGUUUAUAGUGCUGUUCCACCUCCACAGCAGGUAUACACUGCUGUUCCACCUCCCCAGCAGGUAUAUAGUGCUGUUCCACCACCCCAGCAGGUUUAUAGUGGCCCUUCAUUGUUAAAGCAGAUUCCCACAGCCAUUUCACCCCCACAAGUGUAUAGUGCUGUUCCACCUCCACAACAGUUGUUGACUGGAGUUCAGAGUUCUGGAAUUGAGCCAGAGGCAGGUACUGGCCUAACCACUAGUUCAAUGUCAGCAGCUGUGGCCUUGACUCCGGUUCCUCCAGCUUCCUUAGUUGGAGCAGCUGGUGUCACUGCUUCCCUCACUUUGGGCACUACACUACAAUCUACAGGACAUUUAAGCUCUGGGCCUCAAGCAAACAUGAUUGGUUAUACUCCCCCUUUAGUAUCAGGUGGCACUAGCUAUAUUGGAUAUGGUGGAAUAUAUCCUCAAGCUACCCCUUUGCAACAAGUUGCCCUUGCCUUGAGACACUCACCUCCUGUCGCAUCAACAGUUGCUCCCACAACAUCAGCACCAAGCAGAGAAUCCAAGUCAACUUCAAGUUCUGAUCUUGAAAAGGAGAAACGGCCACCUCAGAAACGGAAGUUUCAAGAAUUACCAGUUGGUUCAAAAGGCACAACAAAAUUCAAUCAGGGAUUGCAACCUCUAAACCCUAAUGAACAAUCUGACGGUUUGGUUGUGAGGAAUAUAUCAACUAUGCCUGCGCCUAAGAAAUUGGUCCAGCCAUCACCCAAUGGAAUGCCCCAACCUCUACCAAGAACCAUGCCCCCACCACCUCCACCAAAAUUUUGCGAUACAUCUGAAGUUGAAGUACAAGACAAAUACAAGAAUUUGCUUAAGACAAAAUCUGAUGCAGUUCCUGAUACUUUGGUCAAGCUAAUGGAAUAUGGAGAGGAGGAUGAUGAUCUAGACGAUUCUAGUGAGGAAUCACUUCCUCAUGCCACCCAAGCAGUUGGGGUUCAAAAGCCUUUCUGGGCUUUAUGAGCUACAAAGUGCACAUUGGACAUAAGAGAUGUAAAUAUUGGGUUGGGACUAGUUCUUGCUGGUUAUGUGUUCUCCCCCCGGUGGAAUGGGAAACCCUUAGCUUGAUUUUUGGAGCGAAAUAGUUGGUUGUUAAGUAGCUUUGUUAAGGUUGUAAUUUGCCCAUUCUCGUAUGCUUCGUGAUAGCAGAUCGCAUGUUGUAAUUUUGUCCCUAUUAAAGUAUACAUGCACACUGGUAGUCUCUUUUAGUUGGAUUAGUUGGCCACUGAGUGAAGUAACUGUGAUAAGGGACAGUUUAAUGUCCCCUAUUUUGUUAGCUGGCAUCCUGUUAAUGAUUCAUCCUGACUGAUGAUUGAAACUGUGCUUACCAGUUUAUAUUGAACAAGCAAUUGAAAAAGCUAUUUUCCUUCA